CUGCAGUAUGAGUGAUAAUAACAACAAGAACAUUAUUGAAACAUCUCUACAUUCUGAUGAGUUUCUAAUAAACCUGCUAGGCUCAGAAGGGGGAGGAGGAGGUCAUGUUGGUGAUGUAUUGUCAACAGCAAUAUUCUCAUCAUUACCACUGCAUGGGAAUAAUACUCCAAGGAAAGGUACUGAUGAUAAUGAUGGUUGUCGUUUGUAUGGGGCGAGGGAAGAUAAUCAUGAGACUACGAGUCUAGAGAGUAGUAAUAAUGAUGGUCUUAUUAUGGCUAGUGAUGAUGUUGGUUAUGAUGGUUGUAUAAUACCAGAAACAGUAUAUCCAGUAUUAGAGAAUGUUAUUGCAUCAGUCGAACUUGGUAUAAUAAAUAGUACUCAUUCUACUACUACUACUGGUGGGUCGUCAUCAUCGUCGAGUCAUCUUAUUGAUUUGAAGAAAGUUGCAUUUAAAGCACGUAAUGCUGAAUAUAAUCCUCGUAAGGUUAAUGCAGUAGUAAUAAGGUUUAGAGAUCCAAAAGCAACUGCAAUGUUAUAUGGUACUGGUAAGGUUAUGGUUACUGGUAGUAAUUCUGAAGAAACUGCAAAAGAUGCAGCAAAGAAGGUUGCUAAAAUAGUUAUAAAAAGUGGUGCUUAUCCUCAAGCUAGAUUUAGAAGAUUUAAAAUAGAGAAUAUGGUAGCAUCAGCAGAUGUUAGAUUCCCAAUACGUUUAGAAGCAUUAGCCUAUGAGCAUCGAUCCUAUUGUAGUUAUGAACCAGAACUAUAUCCUGGUCUGGUAUUCCGAUUAUUUGAACCUAAAGUUGCAUUAUUAAUAUUUGUAUCUGGAAAAAUAGUAUUUACUGGUGCUAAGAAUAGAGAUGAUAUUACUAAUGCCUUUCGUAAUAUAUAUCCAUUACUACUCAAAUAUCAGAAUUGAUCAUCAUCAACAACAACAAUAAUAAUAAUCAUACUCACUAGUACUACUACUCGUCAUCAUUAUAGUGGCCAUCACUACUACCAAGGCUGCUGUUAGCUAUCCUAUUGGUCCGUGGCUACCGUCAUAACUAAUGCUUUCUGUGUUCACAAUUGUAUCGAGAUAUGUAAUGUUAU